AUGGCGGUAACACCAACCCAAUUCGCGCGCACCACGCGCACCUCUGCCAAUUGGAACGAUGCCCGGCGGCGAGUCCUCUCUGCCUACAGAGAAUGGAUCCGAGCUGCACCCGAGAUCCAACAGCUUUACUCCGUUCCUUUACCUGUCUCGGUUAUGCGCACACGGAUGCGGCAAGAGUUUGAGCGCCACAGAUACGUCAACAAACUCCCGGUCGUCGAUGUUCUGCUCAUGCAAAACAAUGCCGAAUACCAGGAAAUGAUGAACUACUGGAAACAGCUCACCCAUGUUAUGUCAUACUUUCCCGAGGAGAGCUUCCGCGGCACCGAACGGCUUCCCAACACCUUUAUGAAGGGUUUCCUUGAGGGCCGGAACUAG